AUGAAAAUAAUAUUAAAAAUUACUUUGCUCUUUUCCGUAAUAAACAAUUUGAGUAUAUGUUUUAGAAUAUAUGGUGGGAAUAACAAAGGGAAUUUAUUUUUACAUUCGAAUAAAAGGAAUAAUAUAUUAAAUAGAAAUAAAUAUAACACAAAUAAAAAAUGUAAAAGUAUAUUAUAUAAUAAGGAUAUAGAAAAUAGUGACAUUAGUAGUGAAGAAAAAGAAGCAUUAAUUAGAGAACAAAUAAAAAAAGAAAAGGAAGAAUAUGAAAAGAUUAAACAAGAAAAUAAAGAUUUUAUUAAUAAUAAUUUUGAAUAUAUAAGUAAUAAUAUACCUAUAAAUGUAGAAAAAAGAUAUGCUUAUGAAAAAUUUAAAUAUAGUCACGAAUUACUUACGUACAUAUUUUUUGUAAUUAAUUUAUUUAAACAUGAACAAUUUAAAAAUAAACUAUAUAAAGAAUAUCUUCAAAAGCAGGCGUCAAAAGAAAAUAAAAACGUCAUUUCUUCACAUAAAAAUGAUAAAGAACAUGAUAUAUCAGUUUUAAAUAAUACAGAAAAUGACAUGGUACACAUACAAAAACAAAGAAACCAUAACCUCAUUUCCAACUUUAUACACCGAUUUGGAGAUAAAUUCAAAUUCUUUAAUACUCCUGAGAAAAUUCAAAGAGAAGACUUAGCAAAUAUGUUUAAAAUGGAACAAGAGGAUAAAGAAAAAUUCUUUAAAAAAAUUAAAAUAAAAAACGAAAAAACAAAUGAAUAUUAUUUUGUUAUAUAUUAUUGUAAUUGGAAAUAUGAGUGUAUGGCUUUAUAUAAUGCCUUCCAUAAUAUUUUAAACAAUAAUUAUAAUAAUAUAAACUUCUAUGAAAUCUUGCAUAAGCAAGAUGAAGAAAAACAAAAAAGUGAACUGGACGAUGACGAACAAGAAAUAGGUUCAAAUAAAAAAGGCAAGAAAAAAAUAGGAGAUGAAAAUGAUCAACAAGAAGAAGAUACUGAUGAAAAUGAUUUAACGAAAAAAGAUAUUGAACAAAUUAAACAAAUGUAUAUUAAAGAUUUACAAAGUAAUAAAGUUAUGGAUAUGGAAAGUUUACUAAAUGAAGAAUAUAAUAUAAAUGAAGAAAAUAAUUCUGAAAGAAAUGAUAAAGAAAAAGGUGAAACCAAAGGAAGUAAUAAAGAAGGAACGACACCUACAGAUAAUACUACAGAAGAAACAGAAACAAAAACAAAAACCUUUCAAGAAAUUAUGGAAGAAGAAAAAAAAAAAUUAGAUGAAGAAUUUUUCUUACAUGGAUAUUCAAAAUAUGAAGAUGAAGAACAAAUUAAAAAAGAAGAAAAACUUAUAAAAGAAAGUAAAAGAAUUAUCAAAGAAGAAAAAUUAAAUAGAACUCGAUUAAAUAGUAAAAAGGAUUUUGAUAAUAUACUUAAUGAUUUCUAUAUUUCUAUGGAUAAUUAUAAACGUUAUUAUAAUUAUUCAAACAAUGAUGAUAACAAUGAUAUAAUAAAUGAAGAUACAAAUGAAGAUACAAAUAAAGAUACAGAAAUAGAAGAUCAAAGAAAAAGGAAAUUAACAAAAAAUAAUGAUAAUCAUAUACAUGCUACUGAUAUUAAUAUAUCAAAUUCUAAUCAAGAUAUAAACAAUAAAAAUGUUGACCAUGAUGAGAAUAAUAAAACCAAAGUAAAUAUAAAUGUUAUCUUUGUUCGCAUAAGUAAUAGCACAGUUAUUGGAAAAACUAAAAAUAUAAAAAAGAAAAUUAAGAAAAAAUGGAUCUAUUCACAUGAAAAAGAAAUUAAAUUUUAUGAAUUAAUUUUAUCUCUUAUGUUAAAUGAAAAUAUCUAUUAUAAAAAUAUUCCACAUAUGGAUAUUUUUUCAUUAUCAUAUAAUAAACAAAAUUUAUUUGAAUUCUUUAACUCAAUACAAACCAAUUUAAAACAUAGUUUUAUUCAUAAAAAUAAUGUUUAUGAUAUAUAUAAUCAUAUACACAAUGGUGCUUUAGAUAUAUAUAAUUUUAAUAUAUAUGAUAAAAGCACAUAUGGGAAUAGACUACAUAAUGAUGAUAUGAAUGUACAAAAUGAUGACAUAAAUUUACAAAAUGAUAAUAUGAAUAUACACAAUAAUGAUAUGAAUUUACAAAAUGAUAAUAUGAAUAUACACAAUGAUGAUGUAGUUAUGGAAGAAUUAGAUAUAAAUGAUGAAAUCCAUGAUAUGGAAAAUUAUGGAGUCAUAUAUGAUAAUCUAGUAGAUGAUACAAUUCAAAAUGAUAUAAAUAAUAAUGAAGAAUAUAUGUACAAUAAUAAUAUGGAUAAUACAAUAGAUACAACCCCAAUUAAUACAAAAAAUCAUAAUAAGAAAAAAAAAAGCAAAUAUGAAACAUUAUUUAAACAAAAAUAUAUCAAUGUUCUUGUUAAUAAUAUUAGAAAUAAAAUAUCAAUUGAAAAAAUUAGCUCCAUAUCAAAUGUAGAUAAUUAUUCAAACUAUACAGUUGAUACAUUUAAACAUAUUUCUUUAAAUAAUAUUUUUAAAAAAAAUUCUACUCAUGAACAUUUUAAAAUUGAUACAAAUUAUGUAUACUAUUUAAAUCAUAAAAUACCAAAAGAUAUCUUUCCAUUUAUUCUUCAGUUGUCAUUAGCCUUUAAAUAUGAACACACACACAUACUAAUAAAUGCACCCAAAAAGGUAGAAUUUAUAUAUAGAAAUGUAUGA